UACAACCUGACGUUCAACGAGGAUCUUCAGACUAAUUGUAAGCUAUUUUCAUACGGUUCCUCUUUGCUGGCAGGGUUGCGCUACGUCGAAACGUGGUAAAAUCUAUCAAGAUGCAGGUUCCAGCUGUUUUUAUGGAUUUACCCCUGGAGGAUCAGGCACAGGAAUUAAGGGUGUACUUCAAAAGUCUUGGUGCUGAAAUAAGCGAGGAAAAAUCUCCUCGGGGCAUCGAAGAUGAUUUGCAUAAAAUUAUAGGAGUAUGCGACGUAUGUUUUAAAGAAGGAAACGAAAGUGAAAUCGAAACAGUACUCAAUGAUAUUGUUUCCAUCAUGGUUGUUAUCCCCAUUGAACGUGCAGGAAACUUAAUUUUGGCUUUCUGUGAAAAACUAACAAAGGCUCCAGGGCUCAAGCUCGGUCUCGUGUGUUUAAAAGCAUUGUGGUUACUUUUUCAGUCUCUUGACGAAGUGUCCCCUAUGAGGUACCACGUUUACUACCACCUGGUGCAAAUCGCUCGCAAUGUUGACCAAGUAAAAGCAGUUUAUGGUGGUGUGGAUCAAUUGAAACAGCAGUUUGCACCCUGCCCACCUUCCAACGAACAAAUGCAGAAGCUACUUCGCUUAUUGCACGAAGUAUUACUUAAUUCUAAACAAGGAGAACAGGCAGCAGCAGUUAUGGUGGAACUCUUAGGAACGUAUACGGCCGAAAAUGCAUCCGCUGCUAGAGAAGAUGCCCAGCGUUGCAUUCUGGCCGCUCUUGCAGAUCCCAAUACCUUUCUCCUAGAUCCGUUAUUGGCACUAAAGCCAGUACUGUUCUUGCAAGGAGAGCUCAUACACGAUCUUCUUCUUGUGUUUGUGCAAGAAAAGCUCACUGCAUAUUUACAGUUCUAUAAAGAUCACAAAGAAUUCGUAGAGAGUACUCUGGGGCUUAAUCACGAGCAGAAUAUGAAAAAGAUGCGCCUUUUGACAUUUAUGCAGCUGGCUGAGACAAAUCCAGAAAUGUCUUUCGACACAAUUCAAUCAGAGCUACAAAUUGAGGAAGAUGAAGUGGAGAGUUUCAUUAUCGAUGUAUUAAAAACAAAACUCGUGCGUGCUCGUAUGGACCAAGCAGGACGCAAAGUCCUCAUCUCGAGUACCAUGCACAGAACAUUUGGAAGACCACAGUGGAUGCAACUUCGAGACUUACUUGCCUCAUGGAAAACAAACCUCAGCGGAGUACAAGAUGGCAUGAAAACUGUGGCAGCUGCACAACUAGAACUCGCUGCCAAAAAUAAAGCAACAACAGCCCAUUAAUUUAGAAUCAUACUUUCUGUCGUUGUGGAAACCCUAUGUGUAAUCAUGUGGAAUCGAAAUUCCUUAAUUGAAAACAAGUUAUCAUAAAGUCACAUUCCAACUGACUUUCCAUAAUCUUAACUAUGAAUGUACCAUUUGUCAGUGACUAUUAGCUAAUUCUUAUUUUCGGUUAUUAAUAAAAAGAGGGUCGUUGUUCUAACACAUCUCGGAGAUACUGUAUUCAUAAAUUUUAUUAAAUUGAAGAUUCGACAUGAUCACACAUAGAAUUAUUUCUCCGUUAUCCAACUAUGCGAAAUCUAUCAUGUUAAAAUGUAACAGUCGCUCGGAAUUAGUAUCGUAAGUUUUUACAACUUUUAUUAACUGUAUUUCCAUCUUAUGCUAGAAUCAUCACUUCUGGUUCAUUGUUACGUUUUUACGUGAUUACAUCGACAGUUACGAUAUGUCUCUGUGAGACAAAUAUAUUUGUAAACACUA